AAAAUAAUCCUUCUCAUUUUCAAUUCGCCUUACUUGAUUAGGCCUUAGAAAGAGAGAGAGAGAGAGAGAGAGAAAAUGGGUCCCCUAGCUUUUACAGAGAAACCCCAUGCAGUUUGUGUCCCCUGCCCAUCUCAAGGCCACAUAACCCCCAUGCUAAAGCUAGCAAAAAUCCUUCACUACAGAGGCUUUCAUAUCACCUUUGUAAACACAGAGUACAACCAUAAGCGCCUGUUAAAAUCCAGAGGUCCCGACUCUCUCAAUGCCCUUCCCUCCUUUCAGUUCAAAACCAUUCCUGAUGGUCUUCCUGAGUCUGAUAUUGAUGCCACCCAAGACGUAGCAUCCACAUGUGCCUCCAUACAAAAACAUUGCUUAGCUCCUUUCAGAAACCUUCUUUUGAAACUGAAUGAUACCUCUUCAUCCAAUGUCCCUCCAGUCACUUGCAUUGUUUCUGAUGGUGUCAUGAGCUUCACUCUAGACGCAGCAGCAGAGCUGGGCAUCCCUGAUGUUCUUUUCUGGACAUCCAGUGCAUGUGGGUUCAUGGGCUAUGCUCAAUAUCGCCGUCUCAUUGAGAAGGGUCUAACACCACUCAAAGAUGAGAGUUAUUUGACAAAUGGGCAUUUAGAUACAAUCAUAGAUUGGAUUCCAGGCAUGAAAGGCAUCCGUUUGAGGGAUCUUCCGAGCUUCAUUGCAACCACGGACCCAGAUGAUUUUAUGCUAAAUUUUGUAAUGGUUGAAGCUGAGAGAGCUCAAAAAGCUUCUGCUGUCAUCUUAAAUACUUUUGAUGCUUUAGAGCAUGAAGUAUUGGAAGGACUUUCAACCAUGGGGUUUAUCUCCUACGAUUUUUCUUGA